AUGGAUGAGCUCAAGCAAGGACCAUCGCUAGAGCUUCAUCAGAUCACUCAGAAGGACGAAGAUGUCGUCGAGGGAUCAAUCACAGAGAUAGCUCCCAAUACUCAAUCGUUGCACCGAAGUCUUCGAGGCAAAGAAGUCCAACUCUUCGCAAUCGGUGGAGCGAUUGGUACUUCUCUAUACGUACAGAUGGGCUCUGCUCUGCCCAAAGGUGGUCCCGCAGGCCUUUUCAUCGCUUUUGUCAUCUGGGCAGGCGUAAUGUGGGCAGUCAACGAAUGCUUCGCUGAGAUGGUGUGCUACCUCCCGGUACCGUCGCCCUUCAUCCGCCUCGGCGGCGCAUGGGUAGAUGAUGCCCUUGGGUUUGCGAUGUCGUGGAACUUUUUUUUGAAUAUGGCAAUCCUGGUUCCUUUCGAGAUCGUGGCCAUGAACAUAAUGAUAACAUUCUGGACCAACAAAGUGCCUGUCGAGGCUAUCAUAGUGGCUAUGGUCGUUCUCUACGCCUUCCUGAACACGAUCACCGUGCGAUACUUUGGCAUCUCGGAGUUUUACAUGUCCAUCUUCAAGGUGUUGCUGAUGAUCGGACUGUUCUUCUUUACCUUCGUCACCAUGGUUGGUGGCAAUCCUCUGCAUGAUGCUUACGGCUUUAGAUACUGGAAAGAUCCUGGAAGUUUCGUUGCGCAUCUGGAGCCAGGUGGCACAGGCAAGUUCCUGGGCGUACUCUCUUGCUUGUACCAAGCGAGUUUCUCCAUUACUGGGCCAGAGUAUAUAUCGAUAGUAGCAGCGGAGACCGAGCACCCGCGCAAGAUCUUGCCUCCUGCUUUCAGGUCGUUCGUCUGGAGGCUGCUCGUGUUCUUUGUCGGUUCUGCUUUAUGCAUGGGGAUAGUCAUCCCUUACAAUGAUCCGACACUUUUGGCUAUACUUGGUGGUGAUAUCGGAGGAAGCGGCACUGGUGCUGCAUCCCCAUAUGUCAUCGCGAUGCAGAGGCUCAAGAUCUCAGGCCUUCCUAGUCUGGUCAAUGCUUUAAUCAUGACAUCCAUUCUAAGCGCAGGCAACGGUCUUCUGUACUCGGCUGCUCGCACGCUACACGGCAUGGCACUGGAAGGUCAUGCUCCGAAGAUCUUCUCUCGCUGUACCAAGAAAGGCGUUCCACUGUGGGCUCUGUGUUUCUCAUUAUGCUUCUGCCUUCUUGCCUUCCUGCAAGUCAAGAGUUCUUCGGCAGUCGUCUUGACCUAUCUCGUCGACCUCAUCACCUGUUGUCAGAUGCUCAACUAUGGAUUCACAGCACUGACAUACCGACAUUUCUUCGCGUCGCUCCAGAAACAAGGCAUCUCGAGAGACACACUUCCAUACAAGGGCAAAUUCCAACCAUACACAUCCUACCUUGCCAUGGGAGGCACUCUUUUCAUGCUUCUUGCGGGAGGCUAUGACAUCUUCCUCAAGGGCCGUUGGAGUGUGAUGUGGUUCUUCUUGGACUACGCGAUGAUAGGAUUUUUCAUUGCAGCAUUCGUCUUCUGGAAAGUAAUUUUCAAGAGCACCUACAUCCGGCCUGGUACUGCUGAUCUAAGUCUUGGUGGUUUGAGAGAGGAGAUUGACGCAUACGAGGCUACGUUCGUUCCACGAGAGUCCGGUAGGGUCGGACGGGUGCUCAACAAGAUUUUUGAGUAG